AUGAAGCCUGCGCAAAAAACGCAAGUCGGCAUCGAGCUGUCCACGCUAGGUGAUAUACAUGAGAAGAGCGGCGCCGAUCAGCAAUCGCUUGCAAGCUUGCAGUUAUUUCACAAUGCAUAUCAAUGCUUAGCUGCGCUCAUGCAAAACGAUAUCCCUUAUGGCUCGUUUCCCUUAUGUCUAUGGCCUCAUCAAUCGAAAUCAGGGGAUCGGGAUGAGUAA